AGAGAAGAAGUGACGUGUGUUAGCAGCCUGUCUGGUGACGUGUCUUUGCUGCUCUCUCUUUCCUUACGGAGCGGCUGGAUGGAGCCACACUGACUCGACUGAGCAGUCAAACGGAUACCAGUAACACGGCAGCAGGCAGCCUAAGGACACCAUGGGGAUUAAAUUUUUGGAAGUCAUCAAGCCAUUCUGUGCAGUCCUGCCAGAAAUUCAGAAACCAGAAAGAAAGAUUCAGUUUAGGGAAAAAGUACUAUGGACCGCCAUCACAUUAUUCAUCUUUCUGGUGUGCUGCCAGAUUCCACUCUUUGGUAUCAUGUCGUCAGAUUCAGCAGAUCCUUUCUACUGGAUGAGAGUAAUCCUGGCUUCCAACAGAGGUACUUUGAUGGAGCUGGGUAUCUCACCCAUCGUCACCUCAGGCCUCAUCAUGCAGCUGCUAGCUGGUGCCAAGAUCAUUGAGGUGGGAGACACUCCCAAAGACAGAGCUCUCUUCAAUGGAGCUCAGAAAUUGUUUGGAAUGAUCAUCACCAUUGGACAGGCCAUUGUAUAUGUUAUGACUGGCAUGUAUGGAGACCCUUCAGAGAUGGGUGCUGGGAUAUGCUUGCUCAUCAUCAUCCAGCUCUUCGUCGCAGGUCUGAUUGUCUUGCUGCUGGAUGAGCUGCUCCAGAAGGGCUACGGUCUGGGCUCUGGUAUCUCUCUCUUCAUCGCCACCAACAUCUGUGAGACCAUUGUCUGGAAAGCCUUCAGCCCCACCACUGUCAACACCGGCAGAGGUACUGAAUUUGAAGGGGCUAUCAUCGCUCUCUUUCAUCUGCUGGCCACCCGCACGGACAAAGUGCGCGCCCUGAGAGAAGCCUUCUACAGACAGAACCUGCCCAACCUCAUGAACCUCAUUGCCACCGUCUUUGUGUUUGCAGUGGUCAUAUACUUCCAGGGCUUCAGGGUGGAUCUGCCCAUCAAGUCAGCACGUUACCGUGGUCAAUACAACACCUACCCCAUCAAACUGUUCUACACCUCCAACAUCCCCAUCAUCCUUCAGUCUGCCCUGGUCUCCAAUCUCUACGUCAUUUCUCAGAUGCUUUCAACACGUUUCAGUGGCAACUUCCUGGUCAACCUCCUGGGAACCUGGUCUGACACCACAAGCGGUGGACCAGCUCGGGCGUACCCAGUGGGCGGUCUCUGCUACUACCUUUCUCCUCCAGAGUCGUUCGGUUCGGUCCUGGAUGACCCAGUUCACGCUAUGAUCUACAUUGUCUUCAUGCUCGGCUCCUGCGCCUUCUUCUCCAAGACCUGGAUUGAGGUCUCAGGAUCCUCUGCUAAAGAUGUGGCGAAGCAGCUGAAGGAGCAGCAGAUGGUAAUGAGGGGACACAGAGAGACCUCUAUGGUGCAUGAGCUCAACAGGUACAUCCCCACAGCUGCUGCCUUUGGUGGCCUCUGUAUAGGAGGAUUGUCUGUCAUGGCUGACUUCCUGGGAGCCAUUGGUUCGGGCACGGGAAUCCUCUUGGCUGUGACCAUCAUCUACCAGUACUUUGAGAUCUUUGUAAAGGAGCAGAGUGAAAUGGGCAGCAUGGGAGCAUUGCUCUUCUAAAAAAAAAAAAAGAAAAAAAAGAAAGCCAA